AUGAGCGUCUUUGUCUACUACACCGUCGCCGGCUUCGUCGCAUACUGCGCCCUGACAGCCGCCCUCUUCAUGCUGUCCUUUGUCGUCCCCCGGGCGGGCUUCUUUGCCCGCUGCCUCGCCAUGUACAUGACCUUUUUCUUCGCCGCCAUCUUUGGCGUCGUCUCCUCCAUCGUCCUCUCCAUCGCCGGCCACCGAAACAUUGCCCAAUGGGCGACAGCCCGCUACUAUCUCUACUCGGCGCGCCUCACCACCGGCACCACCUUUGAGGCCGACGACCCGCACGACGUGCUCGGCAGCACCCGUCCCGCCGUCUUCAUCGGCAACCACCAGACCGAGCUCGACGUCCUCAUGCUCGGCGCCGUUUUCCCCAAGUACUGCAGCGUCACCGGCAAGCGCUCCCUCAAGCACAUCCCCUUUCUCGGCUGGUUCAUGACCCUCAGCGGCUCCAUCUUCAUCGACCGCGCCAACAGCAAGGACGCCCGCCAGGCCAUGCAGGGCGCCGCCGACGAGAUAACGACCCGCAAGCAGAGCGUCUACAUGUUCCCCGAGGGCACCCGCAGCUACAGCAAGGAGCCCAUCCUGCUUCCCUUCAAAAAGGGCGCCUUCCAUCUCGCCGUGCAGGCCGGUGUACCCAUUGUCCCCUGCGUCGUGUCCAAUUACAGCCACAUUCUCUAUCCCAAGGACUACGUCUUCAAGGCCGGCACCAUCCCCAUCAAGAUUCUCGACCCUAUCCCAACCAAAGGCCUCACCUCCGCUGAUGUCGACGAGCUCACCCGCACCACCCGCGAGCUCAUGCUCAAGGAGCUCGUGACCCUCACUGCAAAGGCUCGAGGCCAACCCAUAGCUGUCCCUGCUAACCCCUCCUCGGCAAAGUCUUCUGGUGUCGAUAUCAAGAACUAA